UAUAAUUCUAUUUAGCUGGCGAAGUACUGGAGGAGGAGCUCAGAUCAAUCAAUACGACACGCUAUAUAGAUUACACAGCUCUCCCAUCUCUCUCUCUCUCUCUCUCUGAGAAAUAAAAGCCCGAGGUUCCAUUGCCAUCAUGUAAUUCUGGCCUCAAGUUGGCUGGUGUCAAUUGCCUAGGAUUCUAAAGUGGAUUUAUGGCAGUGGCUUUUACCAAUCUUUCAUGGUGGUUGUGGAGUGGGAAGUAUCAAGAGCCCCGAAUUUCCAAUGGAUCUUCUAUAAAUUCUUCAUCUGAUUCGAGUGUGUGGGAAUCUGAUGCUCUGAAAUUUCCUCUGGCUAAACGUGCCAAUAUAGCCUCCACAUCAAGAAGGAUGAAGCGGAAAUGGCAUAGUCGGGAAGAGCGGAAAAUUGAUAGGGAAUAUGAUGUUGUUCUUGUCCCAUCUGAUGGGGGGUGUGUUUCGGGUUCAGAGUCUGAUGAUUCAGAUUGGUCAAUUGGAUGGUUGGAGCCUCACGGACCUGGGUUCCAGAGUGAUGAUGAUCCUGACGACAGUUUUGCUGUGCUGGUUCCAUGCUAUGGGCAUGGCUAUAAUGAUCUAGUGGGGGAUUCAAAGAAAAAUAUCUUGAGCACCACUACUGGUAGCAUCCUGGAUCAUUAUGUAGAUGAGAGCAAGAAAUAUAUGGAACAGUGGCUCUCUUCUCUUCCAAGCAGCUGACAUCCAGUACUGCUGUUGAUUGACUACUGGUUCUUAUUAUGCUGCUUCUGUAAAUAGUUGUAAGUUUUACGUGUGGUGGAAGAAAUGAGAAUUAAAAGAAAAAGAAAGGGAAAUAUGUAUGGUUGAUGUUAAUGGUACAAAAGGAUUGGCUGAUGCUGCAUCCAGCCUGAUAUCAAUCCGAGUAGCAGCAGUGGUGAAGGAUGCGAGAGAGAUCGAUGGCGCUAUUGGUGUUGGGAGAAAGCUUGUUUUCCCCACUGCUGCUUUCUGGGCUGACUGGAAAGGACUGAGCUGCUGCCAUCUUACCAUUCAAAUUCGAUGAUGUAAAUAUAACCUCUGUGAUGUAAUGGUAAUGAGAGUUCUUAGGCAGAAAAAGGGGAAAACAGAAGAAAAAAAAAGAAAGGUGUGAGUUGAGUAGAAAAUUGAAAGAAAAUGAAGGAAAAAGUGAGUUAAAAUGAAGAUGAGUACGAGUGUGUCCGUAAUUCUUUAAUGUAUAUAGUGCUGUAUAAAUAACAUGACUCUUGAUAGUGUGAUAAUUCUAAACAUUCUGUGAAUAGUAAGAAUGUAAA